AUGACCUCAGCAACAGCGACAGCGUGUGGUAAACGUAAAAAUCCAUUUUCUGAUAACAAAUCAAAAGUGGCAAAACAAAUUAAUCUUGGGGAUUCAGUUCAUGCAGAGCAGAAUCGUCAUUCUGCGUCGUUAUUAACAAAUCAAGUUCGAAUAUUUGCGAUGCGUCGUCCGAAACCCGAAUGUCUGAAAAGUGAAAACUGGCUUGUCUACAAUGUUACAUCGACAACAGCUGAAAAAUGGUGUUUAGAAUUUAGCCCAUUUCUGUUGGGCCCUAUUGAAUUGUAUCCAAACAGCAAAGAUGGGACUAUGUAUGUAGCUAAGAACAUGGAGAAUGCCUGGCAGUAUUGCAAAGUCUAUAAAAACUUUAUCGACACCAAAGAUAAUUCACCAGCGGCAGCAUACUGGAAAUGGGCUGAAAAUGGAUGGAACGAUUCGAAGGCCCAUCGCUUUCCACUUGGGCGAC